CCUGUCCCAAUCCUCAGCGAGCCACCAGGCAAACCCGACUCGAGCUAUGUUCUCCCCGUCUUCGGCGGCGAACUCUGGACAAUUCCCACCUCCAACUCAGUCAUGCGUAUGCUCGUCACAGAAAAGGAGUCAAAGGGUGAUUUUGCCGUCGUGACCACCGGCGGUCAACAAGACAACCCAAUAGGCUUCCACUACCACCGCGAUGCCCACGAUGUGUUCCUCUGUCUCAAGGGAAGCAUGAACGUCUGGGCAGACAACACAGCACGCACAUUGCUGCCUGGAGACUUUGCUUCCGUUCCCCCCAAUGUGGUGCAUCAAUACCAAAUCCUAGGUUCGCAUACCGAGUUCGCAGGUCUCAUUGUUCCAGGCGGCUGGGAAGAGUUCUUCAGAUUCAUUGGCGAGCCGUUCGCUGCGUCGCCAAUGGGACCUCUGUUCCCUACUCGCGACAACAGAAACCCCAUGGAAGUAUUGGUGCCCAAACUCAUCGCCGCAACCGAGAAAUUCGACAUGGUGCCCAAGCGCGACCACAAAGGUGCUGAGCCAUCGCUAUGCACAAAAGACGACAACAAACUCGCCGAUACAGCAACAGCAUACUAUCUCAAAGCCGAUGCAGGACCCAGAUAUGCCAGUGGAGGUUUGUUGGUAAAACCCCUCUGCCAAAAAGCAGACUCGAAUGGCAAAUUCAGCAUUGCUCGCCUCGAAGGCUCAGAGACGAUAAAGUCGCAGUAUCUGGCUUACAACACUUUUACCUUUGCAACAUCGCAUCAUUGCUUUUUGGUAGACAUGGGCAGUUUCCGCUUGACUGUUGCCGGCAAGGGGUCCGAGAUUAGUGCUGGAGAAUCGAUUUUCGUGCCCGCUGGUCAGGAGUUCACGCUCGAGGCUGCGAGUAGAUACGCGGCUUUGUAUGUGUUUACCAAUGGAGGUGGUUUGGUGGAGUUGUUGGUUGGAAAGGGCAAGGAAUACCAGAGCCAGAUUAUCGCUGAGGAG